AUACCUGCAUACUAGGUACAUAGUAGUACCUAGUAUUGUACCCCCACUAUACUAUUUUGCAUGUACUCUUCUCCGAUAAAAGGACCUUGAGCAAUCCAAGUUGAAUCUCUCCAAGCUACCCUACCCUAGGUACAUAAGGUAGCACUCAAAACUGAACCACUCCAAAUUCUAUAGUAGGAUAUUUUACGCAUCAUCACGAACAAGCAGCCAACAACACCAAACUUGACCAAUGGACACACCCCUUUGACCUCUCCCUCCUCGCAAUGGCCCUUAGGAUUCCCUUCUCAGUUCCAAUCUCAUUCUAUCCUGCAAUAGAGGGGUUGGCAAGCCAUACCUACUACUAAUAUUCUCUCUCUCUCUCUCUUUCUUUUUCUUCCUCCUCUACUUCAUUCUUCUAGAGAAACACCCUCAAACUCGAACUUACAACCACCUACGAAUAAAAAAAAAAAAAAGAAACACAGAUAUCCCACACAAUGUCUUCCUCCACCCAACCACCCCCCUUCGCAACCGCCCUUCUCGCCGGCGGCAUAGCCGGCACCACCGUCGACCUAUCGCUCUACCCCCUCGACACCCUCAAAACGCGCCUCCAAUCCUCCGCCGGCUUCUUCCCCUCGGGCGGCUUCCGGGGCAUAUACCGGGGCGUCGGGUCCGCCGUCGUCGGGUCCGCGCCCGGCGCCGCCUUCUUCUUCUGCACGUACGAGGGGGUUAAGGGGGUUCUGGCCUCGAGACGACCGCACGGCGAUUCCUCCCCCGAGAUAGAGGCCUGGCGCGCGCCCGCCGAACACAUGGCGGCCGCGAGCCUGGGCGAGGUCGCCGCCUGCGCCGUGCGCGUGCCCACCGAGGUCGUCAAGCAGCGCGCGCAGGCUGGUCUGCACGGGGGCUCCAGCGCCGGCGCCCUGACGGCCAUCCUCUCGCAGUACGGCCGCAUCGGCGUCGCCGGCGUGUGGCGCGAGCUGUACCGCGGCUGGGGCAUCACCGUCAUGCGCGAGGUCCCCUUCACCGUCAUCCAGUUCCCACUGUGGGAGGCGCUGAAGGGCUGGGGCCGGCGGAGGAGGCAGAUAGGGAGUGGUAGCGGUGGUGGUGACGUGGGCGCGGGCGAGAGCGCGCUCUACGGAAGCGUGUCCGGUGCCGUUGCCGCCGGCAUCACGACGCCGCUUGACGUGCUCAAGACGCGCGUCAUGCUCUCCAAGGAGCGCGAGAAGGUCUUCACCGUGCUGACCGACUUGCUCAAGAACCACGGCGUGCGCCCGUUCUUCGCCGGUAUCGGGCCGCGCAUUAUGUGGAUCAGUGCCGGGGGGGCUAUCUUCCUCGGGAGCUAUCAGUGGGCUGUGAAUGCCUUGGAAGGACACGCUUCAUGACCGAAUCUUUCAUAUUCGACGCGAUAUAGAAGAUGAACAAAUAUAUACGAAAGUCUUGAGGUUCGAUAAUCCUCUUAUGUAUAUAACUCGUGGGGGUUAGGUACCUACCUAUCCUAGUAUAUACUCGUGGCUGCAUUAUGUAAAACAAAAGGGGGAUGAUGGAUGGUUCUUAUAAUAACCUAGUAGGUUUCUAGGUAUGUAGAUAUAUACUUGUACAGCAAAUGUUAUUGACAACACCCCUUUUGAUUUUCAGAUGGAUCAUAUAUACCUAGGACAUUAUGGAUGAUACCCCUCACUCCCUCCUAGCUAUAUAGUCUCAGUUCCA